CUUGUUUUUGUCCUAUUAAUUGAACCAUUGUGUCAAGCUAGAAGGGGUGAAACAAGUUGAAUUUCUUCUUAAUAAUACCUUUCCUUUUAGUAUGUGUUUGUUUCUUAAUCUCUUCUCCCAAUAUUAAUCAUUCUUAGCCUUCCAACAUCAAUCAUAUGAAUUAUGUCUCUGUUCGUGUUUCAUUUGAUUGCAUUCUUUAGGUUUAUAUGUCUUAGUACAUAUUUGACUAGAAUGAUACAUCCUCACUAAUUGUUAAUGGAAUUCUUUCCAUCAAAGUUUGUGCAAUAAUAUAAUUUCAUAUGGUUUUAUUUGCUAACCUCUUUUUUUAUAGGCUUUACUUGCUGCCUCAUUUUAUUCAGGUUUCUGGUGUUAUUUGGAGUUCAUUGGUGUUGGUUUAGUGAUUAAGGCACCUGCCUUCAUCUUAUGAAAAAAUGUGGAAUCUGACAAUGUUGCUCUGCAUCCUAUGGGUGGUGAGCCUUCUUUACGGCGAGAUGUUGACAUUUUGGGUGCCAUCUAUAUGGUCUUGUUCAUGGCCUCCUCUUCUCCGAUCCACAUCCUUAUCCUCCUCGGCAAUGGAAGCACAACAUCCAGGUAAUUAUGUGAAAAUUGCUGUUGUUGCAGAUCCGCAGCUCAUGGACAAAACCUCUCUUGGUCUUCCACCAAAAUCUCUUGCUCUUGAGAUUUCGCAGUUCUACACCGACUUGUUCAUGCGCAGAGCAUUUCUUGCAUCUAUUUUGCCUUUAAAGCCUGAUGCCAUUUUGUUUUUGGGUGAUUAUUUUGAUGGGGGCCCUAGUCUAUCAGAUGAAGAAUGGAAGGAAUCUUCGAGUCGCUUUAAACAUAUUUUUGAUCUAAAGACUCAAGGAAAAAGAAACAUCCAAGUAUACUACCUGAGUGGAAACCAUGACAUUGGCUAUGCAAGUGUCCUCUCUCAUAAGCCAGAGGUUGUCAGGCGCUAUGAACAAGAAUUUGGUAUCAGGAACUACCGAUUUACUGUUGGAAAAGUGGAGUUCGUUGUUGUUGAUGCUCAAACUCUAGAUGGGCAUUCACAAGGAAGCUUGACGUCUGCAUCCUGGGAUUUUAUCAAAAAUGUCUCCAUGGAUGUUAACUUGAAUCCGAGGGUUCUUUUAACCCAUAUUCCGCUGUAUCGUCCGGACUGGACAACCUGUGGUCCUUAUCGUUAUUCCCCAGUCAUUAAUCAGAGAGUUUUUCAUGCUAUUCACGAUCAAGAAAUAGUGUACCAGAAUUAUAUAACUGAAGAAAAAUCGAAGUACUUGCUGGACUUGCUCAGACCUGUACUCAUCCUGUCUGGUCAUGAUCAUGAUCAGUGUACAGUCACCCACAUGUCAAAGCAUGGGCCUAUAAUGGAGCAUACUGUGGGGACUAUAAGUUGGCAGCAAGGGAACUUGUAUCCAUCUUUCAUGCUAUUAUCUGCAAGUAAUGAUACAAUACAAAAUGACUCCAGUCUACAAGAUGCAAUCUCCACUCAGCUGUGCUUUCUUCCCAUGCAGACACAUAUUUAUAUAUGGUAUCUUUCUCAAUUUGUUCUGACCCUUCUUGCCCUCCUCCUCUGGCCAACAAAUGGCUUGGGCUCUUGGCGCCACUGUAGGGUUUUCAUGGAGUAUACCAGAAGUCUAAUAAGUAGUAACAUCUUCAGCAGUGGAGCAAAAGAAAAAAAUGAAGAUGAGAACUGUGAGUACGAAAUGAUUUGGGAUGCAGAAGGAUCCAUGCAUCUUGUCAAAAAAACCUCCAAGGCCCCUCUUACACGCUCAAGUGAGAGGGGUUUGUCAGAAAGGGGUAAUGCUGUGAUGCGGUCAACAGCUAAAAGGCAGAUCUCUCAGGAGACGGAGCUCUCUACAGCUGUGGACGUGAACAUGGAUGUGGAAUUGGAUAUGAUGGCAAAAUUACCACCCAGAGCAAGUAAAUCAAGGACAAAGAAGGUGAUUCGUAGGUUAAUGCGUACACUACGAAUGCUUACAGUCAUUGCUGCUGUGAACGUCCCACUUUACAUGAUGUUGCUUUUCAAGGAUUGGACUGAGCAAUAACAUCAAAGCUGAAUAUAUUAGCUUGGUUCAUUGGUUGGUUCCUGCACAAUACAUAAAAAGAUCCCACACUAUAGUUGAAGAGCUGCAUGAGGUUCAAGCAGUUAAAGCUUCGCAAGGAUGUGCUUGAGCCACAUAUUUUCUUCCACUGGACUUACUAUUUUCAGCCAACUUGAUUCCCAGUAUGGUUAGUGCUGCCAAUGGUUUGUCCACCUUAUGACAUUAGCGUUACCAAGUGGCAAGCAUGUGGGCCCCACCUUGAAGGGCUUGGGCUUAAUUGUUUAGAGGGUAUAUUAAGGGUAGGAUAAGGAUGAUGCAUGUAUCAUGUUAGUUCACCAUUUUUCUUGUUUCAAAGAUUUGAGACUAAUGGGUUGCUUCAGGACAGCAGGCCACUUCCACUUGCCUAGAAUGUGGAAGACUUUCUGAUCAGGUGUUUGUUAAAAUUUUGCCCUUGUAUAGCAAGUUUGGUUGAAGCCCAUGAGAGCAAACA